GGCAAAAUGAAGGGCCUUGAUUUAUUUCUCCUGACCUGCUGUUUAGCUGGCCUGUACGCUCCAGCAGAUGCCUCAGAGGAAGAGAUGAAGCUGAUGAAGGCCCUGUUCUCCAGCUACAACCUGAAGGUGCGGCCGGCGGAGCAGACCGGUGGGAAGGUGGUGGUGAGGGUGGGCAUGACGCUGUCUUCCUUUGUGAGCCUGAACAUGAAGGAGGAGGAGAUGUCUACAAUCGUUUUCAUGAACCUGGAGUGGAAGGACCACAGACUGUCCUGGGACCCGGCGGAGUACAACGGUAUCAAUGUGCUUCGGAUCGCCUCUGGGAAAGUGUGGCUCCCUGACAUUGUUCUGAUUAACAAUAAUGACGGGGUGUUUGAUGUGGCCCUCCAUGUCCAUGUCCAGGCUUACAGCAAUGGCAGGGUCACCUGGUCCCCCCCUGCCCUCUACAGGAGCUCCUGUGGAGUAAAGGUGACGUACUUUCCCUUCGACUGGCAGAACUGCUCCAUGGUGUUCCGCUCGUACACCUACGACUCCUCGGAGGUGGACCUGCGGUACGCGCUGAACGAGAACGGUCAGGAGAUCCGCGAGAUCGUUUACGAUUCCAGCUUCAGUGAGAGUGGGGAGUGGCUGAUCAGACACAAGCCGUCCAGGAAGAACGUACGAGAGGACCUGUACGAGGACAUCACCUUCUACCUGAUCAUCGAGAGGAAGCCCCUCUACUACUUCUUCAACAUCAUCAUUCCCUGCAUCCUCAUUACCAUCAUCGCCAUCUUCAACUUCUACCUUCCCCCAGACGCAGGUGAGAAGGUGGGCCUCUCCAUCAACGUCCUGCUGACCCUCACUGUCUUUCUACUGCUGCUGGCGGACAAGGUCCCCGAAACCUCCUUGGGGGUCCCCAUCAUCGUCAACUAUCUGAUGUUCACCAUGAUCCUGGUGACCUUCUCCGUCAUCCUCAGCGUGGUGGUGCUAAACCUUCACCAUCGCUCUCCCAGCACCCACGACAUGCCCCUGUGGGUCCGCAAGAUCUUCAUCCACCUGCUCCCCCCGUACCUAGGCCUUCUGCGGCCGAAAGCGGAGACCCCCCUCUCCCUGCUGCAGCCCCCCAGGAAGGAGAUACCCAUGGCCGUCAGCCGGGCCGCUGACGAGUACUUCAUCCGAAAGCCCAACACCUCCUUCCUGUUCCCCAAGCCCAACAGGUUCCAGUCAGAAGGCAUGUGCACUGACCUGAGGAAGUUUAUCGACGGUCCGAGCCACUACCUGACCCUCCCCCCGGAGCUGAAGUCCGCCAUCGAGGCCAUCACCUACAUCGCCGAGCAGCUGCAGGCGGAGAAGGACUAUGAGGCGCUGAAGGAGGACUGGCAGUACGUGGCGAUGGUGGUGGACCGGCUCUUCCUCUGGAUCUUCGUCAUCUUCACCACCGUGGGAACCCUCGCCAUCUUUGCUGAUGCCAGCUUCAACAGCACUCCCAGUGACCCCUUCAUGAACCCUUACCCCUGAGCACAGUCCCUGCACAGAGCUGCGCAGAGAUGCGCAUACAC